AUGGACGCCGAACAGCUCAGAGAGUAUGGCCACCAGAUGGUAGAUUUCAUCGCCGAUUAUUACAAAAACAUCGAGAGCUUUCCCGUCCUCAGCCAAGUGAAGGUACUAGUAGAGGAUGAUGCGUUUGAACGUUGUCCUCUGCUCUGCGAAGCUUGCCAUCUCUGGGCAGUUAACCUCGGUUAUUGUGCCCCUGAGAAUAUACCAAUUCGUUCAGGCAACGUUUUUUGCCUAUAGUGCAAUCCGUUCGUUACUGUUCGGUUUUCUUCUCCUAGUAAUCUUUAAGUUAUUAUAAAUUUGAUGGGUUCGUGCUCAAUUUUCGAAAAAAAACGUAUCAUGCACUAUCGAGUUGUUUCAUCUCAAGUUCUUAAAUACGCAAAUUCGUACUUUAAACAGAGUUUUUAUCCCACAUGCUGUCCUGGGGUUCGUCUUCUGAUUUUUUUUACUUGUGUAAAUUGAUCUCUAUAACCUCAUUUUGGUUGUUGGAGCAUCAUUCGUGAUUCCUUGUACAAUUGUUUGUGAGGUCUUCCCAAAAUUUGUCAUUCUUCCAGAAUGCCUGUUAUGUCCAUGCAUUCUGUGUGACUCUUGUAGUAGCCAUUUCUCUAGCUUGCUCGGUAAUAUCUUUGUUUGAGAACCUUUUAUAGUUUUUCACAUGUCGGUAGGGACAAAAGUGAACCAAAUUUGUUACUGUCUGACGGAGGGUAGGCAGUCAAGUAAUCUCAAUUUCUGCUUGCAGCCUGAGUAUCUGUGCGAGCUUUUACCUGAUUCGGCUCCUAACUAUCCGGAGAAGUUGGAAAAUGUCCUUGAUGGUGACGUCUCACAUUCCUUUAUUUUACUCUCUUUUCUGGCUGUUAUUAUUAUGCUUUUUUUUCCACCAACAUAUCACAAUUAACACUUUAUAGACUUGGGAGUUCAUAUAAUCAUUUAAUCCAUUUAUUUGCAAAAUAUUGAGGCAAUAUUUUUCUGAGUGCAGAUAUUCGACGGAAAAUUAUUCCUGGACUCACACACUGGCAAAGUCCAGGAUAUUUUGCUUAUUACCCUUGCAAUAGCAGCACUGCAGGGUUCUUAGGGGAAAUGCUUAUUUCUGGUUUCAACAUUCUGGGUUUCAGUUGGAUAACCUCUCCUGCUGCAACAGAACUUGAAGUUAUCGUGUUAGAUUGGGUUGCUAAAAUGUUGAAGCUUCCUCAACAUUUUCUUUCGUCAGGUAAAAUAAAUGAUACUAUUUUGCGUGCACUGUGGAUUUCAGUCCAAUGUGAUGAAUUUAUGUUUUUUAGCUGUGUUCGAAGUUUUAGCACGAGUUAGAAAUGUUUUCCAUCUUUUUGGACUAAUUACCAUGUUAUGACUGUACCUCAUAUUAUUUAUGUUAAUCUGCGAAGUCAACAUGAGUCUUCAUUGAGUGAUAUCCCUGGGUUGAGCUCCACAAGGAGCUCGCAGGGUUGCAGGAGAGCAGCGUCCCUGUUGAGAGUUUUCAGUGCAGCGCCCUUGAAACCUAGAAUAUCUAUCAUUUCCCCACUUGUUGAGGAGUGUUUGCCUUUGGACAAGGGAUAUAUAUUCUAAUCCCUAAUAGGAUUAGAAAGGGGGAUAAGAAAACAGCAGCCGUUAGGGUGUUAUGCCAUGCGCAUGGUGAAGGAGAUGUCUAACCGUGAAUAACUUGGCGAUCUCAUUCGCGUGAAGCAUUUUUCUCUUUAUUGUAGUUUUCCUCGCGUUGGGGUUUUCCAUAUAAAUAUUUGUACGAUGUGGCAUGUGCUAUUCUCUUUGUGUUUUAUUUCAGUUGCUUGUCCCUUUUGUGGUGAGGCAUUUAUUGUAGCUCGUCUGGAGAUACAGUUUUUGGGUGGGUGAACCCCUAUUUUCUUACCUAACAUGCUCUAUGCUUUUUAACGAACUGAAAAGACGAUUCUAUAUUUUUGGGUGAAAGGAGACUAUUCUCUGCAAACUUCGAGUCAAAGAGUGUCAUUUUGAUUCAUUUUUGGAUACAAAAUCACAAAAUAAAGCAAUUAAUAUUUUUCAUACAAAAUUGCAAAUAGGCUACCAACUUGCUACUUUUUCAUAUUUUUUAUCCAAAUUUGAAUGAAAAUGACAUUUUUUGGCUCAUAGUUUGCAGAAAAUCGUCUCCUUUAACCCAAAAUUUUCAUCUACUGCCCUAAUUAAUAAUUAAACUCAUUUUCAAUUUCUGUUUCUGAUUUUCAUUUUCCCUCACUGUUCUCAGUUUUUCCUUUCUUUAUUUCACCUGCAAACACUGAUAUUUAUUUUUCCCUGAUUUCUGGUUUUGUUCAUUUUUUUGUCCUCAAUAUCUUCAUCUGACAGGGCAGGGAGGAGGAGUUAUUCAGGGAACUUCUAGUGAGGCAAUCCUUGUCGUAUUAUUGGCAGCUCGCGAUAAAGUAUUGAGGAGAAUCGGAAAAAACUCAAUUGGAAAACUUGUAGUAUAUGCAUCAGAUCAAACACACUCUUCUUUGCAGAAAGCAUGCCAGGUAAUUUGAGAAUAAUGUUUCUGUUGAUAUUUAGAGUUCCAAGAAAAAUUUUAAGCCCCAAAAAUAUCUCACUUGAGUAUUUGGUCCAAUAAAAUCAUUUUAGAUCUUAUGCAAAUAUUGUUUGCACAGAAUAAAUAGACCAAUGGAAUUUGAGUUCAGUGAUUCUAGCAUAAUGUUUUGGUAUUUUAAACGAUAUUCAGAAAUUUAAACUAGCUCUCUUUUUUAUCAUCCUGGUGGAGUCAAUGCACCAGGAUGCAGGAUGAAAGAUAAGCUAGUUUAAUUUUGUAAAGUUCAGUUAAAGAACAAAAACAUCCUGGUGGAGUCAAUGCACACAAAUUUCAUUGAUUAGUCUAUUGAAGAUGAAAUAUGAUCUAAAUUACUAGAUUGUAAAGUGUUUUGAAUCGACUCUUUUGCCCGGAUAUUAUUCUAGUUAUUGUUAAACAUUGUUCUGAUACUGUUAUCUUCGUAUGUUAUUCUGGCAGAUUGCAGGAAUUCAUCCAGAAAAUUAUAGAGUGCUCAAAACAGAUUUCAGCGCAAAUUACUCUCUUGAUCCGAAAGUACUUAGUGAGAAAAUAUCAAACGACAUGUCAAUUGGUUUGCAACCAUUUUUCCUCUGUGCUACAGUGAGAAACACUCUUAUCACAUUUUUUUCUAUCUUAGAAAAUAAACCCAUAUCACCUUCAUGACACAUCAAAAUUACUUUCAUUCGGCUGCCGUCUACUAACUGUUUUCCCAAUGUGACGAAUCAAAAAGGAUUUAUGUAUGUUUAAGUAAAAUCGUUAUAUUUCUUCAAUAAUUGUCUUGGUUACUCAAAGAGUUGUGAGAUGCAAACAUGGAAUGUUAGGUGGUGCAGGAGGAGGGAUGGGGUUUACGAUACAUUGGAGAUCUGAACUGUUGAAACUUGUAAGAUAUAGUUAUAAAACAGUGUUUUGAAUCUCCUGAUUUGUUUUUGGACUAAAAGGGCUUUUUUUUUAGUGGGGUCUUCGAUGUGAAAAUUUUAAGAUUUACUUGUCCUUCCUACCUGCUGAAAGGAUAUAUCAACAUAUUCAAAAGCUGAUAAAACUGUUUAAAAUCUCCAGGUUGGAACUACCUCGUCAGCAGCUGUGGAUCCUUUGUGUAGCCUAGGAAAAAUAUCCAAGGUAUGUAUCCUUUCGGACUAGAAAAUGUCACAUUAAUGUGCUUCAGUGUCAUCAGAUGAGAAUAGCUACACAUUUCAUAUAAGAUUUUAUUGGUAUUACUAUAUGUGGCAUCUUAUAGUUCGCCAAUUAUUUUCUUUCUUGGAUGUCUAAACCUUGCAAUUUUAUUAAUCAAUGAAUAUUGAUAAAUGUCCUUCAUCUACUUUCAAGAGUGGAGCACCUACUAAUGAACUUUUGAUAAACCGUAUAUGCAGUCCUUUAUGGUGAAUCUCCCCAUAUAAUUCUGGUAAGCCACAACGAAGUGGAGAGCAAAGUAUUUACGCUAAUUUUAUGAUUUCUUUAAUUUGUCUUAAGAAAUAUGUUUCAUUCUUCUUGGGUUUCUGUUCUGUAACUGUCAACGUUGACCCAGAGUUCAUGUCUCAAAGAGUUCAAACACCGAUGAACUGUGCAAAUUAGAUGAUUAUCACAAUAAGAAUAUGUCUGCUAUCAAGUAACCAAUUACUUUAUAUUGAAAAGGAUACGUACAAGUUUUAUUUGAAGGUGAUAAGAUGACGUUUCAUUGUAGUGACAUGUCUAAGUUAGCAGUUCAAUACUGUACGAGGAAAAUGUAGGCACAGCGAGUCUAGUUUAAGUCUUGGGGUCAGUGAUCACUGUCGAAAGUGUAGAAGUAAUUUUUAUUUUUUAAAAAUAUGGUUUGAUGAGACUGCAAACGGAUUAUUUCCAAGCGAGGGGUCUACACUAUUCAAAGCGAAUGGCUGUUCAUUAGGCUUCAGGAAUUUGAUGUUACCCGACUUGGGUGGAAACUCUUCUUAUUUGGUCAUAAGGAUAGGUUUGAUCGGGCCAUUAGCCAAGCCAAUCGCAUUUUUGUUUGGGUUAAGGUAGCUGUUCUUGAAUUAUGCUUCAUGCCAUACGGCUUUCAUUAAGUAUUGAAGUAAUGGUGAUGGACGUGAUGCCUAAAAUGCAGAUGAGCAAAAAUAAAAGUGAACUGAAGAGUUAAUUGCUUAUUAUGCUUGCAUGAGUAGAUUUAUUUAGAAUGCUUUACUCAUUAUGUGACGGAGGCCGUUGGGUCUUUGCUUAUCAUGCCCCGAAUAAAUUUUGAUCGAGUAAGUUGUGUAAAAAUAGUCUUACAAUAAAUGUUAAAAAUGGACGAAAUCGAUGAGUGCAGUAGGACCUUCUGUUGUGCAAAUACAGACACCAUGCUUGCUGUAUUCUCCUCAUAAACUGUUCUGAACAUUUAGAACUAGUCGUCUUCCGACGGUGCAUGUUUUAAUUGUGCACAUUGAUGUUUCUGCUGGAUAGCAAGUAUCCUGGUUUUGUUGUGAAUAGCUAUUCAACCUCCAGAGUAUCUCAAUGGAUGGAUGCCUUUUGGUGACCAAUACACUGUUUUUUUUUUCCUGUUAGGUCUAUGAUAUGUGGUUCCAUGUUGAUGCGGCUUAUGCGGGCAAUGCUUGUAUAUGUCCAGAGUACCGCCGCUAUAUUGAUGGGGUGGAAGAGGCAGAUUCCUUUGGAAUGAAUGUGCACAAAUGGAUGCUCACAAACUUUGACUGCUGCCUACUUUGGGUGAAGGUCUGCCUUCUUUUUUCUGUAACUGCAAGUUCUCCUCACAGAGCAUGGUUUUCUUUGCUUUCACUCAGCAAUGGACAGGUGCUUUGGAAAUCCUUCUUCCAUCAUAGCACUUUGGCCUCAGCACUUCCAUCUGUUUUUGAGCUUCAAAGCAUGAUUAUCGAUGCUUAUUCGUUCAGUUUGGCCUCGGCCUAUGUAGUGAGUGUUAUUGGCGUUGAGGGACUCAAAUUCUGGAAAAUGCUCUUGACGGCACCUUGUGUAAGAUUCCAUAUGUAUAAUGGUAACUUGAAGUCUUACAUGGGCAUUAGUUUAUGAAUGACUAAAUAGAGGGGAAAUAGUUAGAUGAUGGCAUGGACGCCACGGCCUUUCAGAAAACAAGUUCCUGAAGAAUAUGAUACGUAAUUUAUUUUCUUCCUCCCUUCCCCAUUUAUUAGGAUGCUAGUUAAACAUCAGUGAGAAACAGAGGGCGAGCUUUAGGACCUCAUAACUGCUGCGAUUUGCAACCAUCAUCGUAUUCAUCUCUUACAUUCUUCUGAAGGCGAUUGCACCCAAUUCCCUUAUGCAACAUAGAAACUUGGUAAAGUUACAUCUGCUGCCCACAUCACAGAUCGUAAUUGUUCCAAAAAACUCAGGUGACUUCGACAGGGGUCACCUUGAUCAUCUCACUUUAUUUCUGGAUAUCAUUCAGGCUAUCAUCUGAUUAAUGCACCUAACCAUAUAUCACUAUUGUUUAUGAGCAGGACAGUGGUGCUUUGAUCAAGUCCUUGUCGACUAACCCUGAUUAUCUGAAAAAUAAGGUAAGAUACGGUGAACUCUUUUGUUCAGGUUUGGUGUCUGUGUACUUGUCCUCCUGUUGAACAUGCUAUGGUUCAGUGAAUUCAUUCAUUGAAACAUGCUCCUUGAUAAAUUUCUUUCUGGCGGUCUCUGCGUUGAAGCCGAAAACUUGCAUCGAUUUUGAGCUGCUAAUUGACCGUGAAGUUUAUUGUUUUGUUCAAAGUAGAUUGCAUGAUUGUUGAAUUGAAAGAAUCACUUCAUGAAGAUCUACUCUCAUAAUUGAAUAAACUUCAUAUCCACGGAUAAUCACUCUUGCCAUCUGCUUAAUUCUUGAAAACAAUGCCAUUUCGAUUUCCUUGGAUUUUAUUUUUUUCUUUGCUCUCUCUCUCUCUCUCUCUCUCUCUAGUUCUCAUAAAUUAGCCUCUUCCUUUCUUCUGAAAAUCAGUAACUGGGCCGCUGUUAUUUACUCUUCAUGAUCGUCUGGUGUUCCAGGCUUCACAAGAAAACCAAGUGGUAGAUUUCAAGGACUGGCAGAUACCUCUUGGGAGACGCUUCAGGUCUUAUAUCUCAUCCUUGUCGCUUCUUCUUACACAUCAGACAUCCCUCGUUGAGCUGCUGCAUCUCCAUGUCCACUGCUCUGGGGACUUGCGACUCUCCUAGUCCCGCCAGCGCCAUGGUUGCAGAUUUCCCUCUCACGCCAUUGUCGGCCUUUUGAGGAUCGUGUUCGCCCUCUGCAGAUCCCUGAAGCUGUGGAUGGUACUGAGGCUGUAUGGGGUCGAAAAGCUUCAGAACUACGUGAGGAAUCACAUCAGGCUGGCUCGACUGUUCUUAGGGCUCAUUGAUUCCGAUCCGAGGUUUGAGGUAACGCUGAAAACUGCGUCUGGUUUCUCCCAUGUUUCUCAUAUGUUUCCCAGACACUCGCAGCGGUGAUUCGCUGGUGCUGCAGGUCGUCGCUCCUCAGAUGUUCUCCCUCGUCUGCUUCCGCCUCCUUCCUCCUCCCGACGGCCAGGACGACGGAAACAAGUUGAACGACGACCUGUUGCACGCCGUCAACGGGACCGGGAGGAUGUUCAUCUCCCACACCGUGCGUUGGCCCGCCCGAGCCAGACCGAUGCGACCUUCCCCGGCGGCGCUGACCUCGCCCUUGUCUCCUGGCAGGUCCUUUCCGGCAAGUUCAUGCUGCGCCUGGUGGUGGGCGCGCCGUUGACCGAGGAGCGUCACGUCGAGGAAGCUUGGAAGCUAAUCCAGGACCAGGCCAGCGUCCUUUUGGGGACCCGCUUGCCCUCGCCCUGA